AAUGGCGAGGGUGCAUACCUUUGGUUCAUUAACGAGACCAAGAUAGAUAAAGAGAAAUAUCUCAAUCUAAAGUCAUUAGAAAAUUGGAACCCGGACGACGACAAGCUUACUGUUGUCACUUCUAACAAUGCGGGCUCCGAGGAUUUCGCGGCAACUUCUAAUCGAAAAAAGAGUGAUGGUCAUGGAAAAAGACUUGAUGAUGUGGAAACGGAUGAUGUGGAAACAGAUGACGAGAUCAAAGAUGUACAAGGAGAUUACAAAGGAUUCGACUAUUACAAAAAAUCAAAGGAUGCCCGGUGGCGGGGCGCUCUGAAACUUCACUGGAAACUACCGGCAAAUGUUAGAAACAUAAUUCAGGAGGAACGCGGGGGGAGCACGAGUUCAAAGAAUUCUG